ACGGGAAUUCUCUCCGGCGGAUUCUGAUUUUCUCGAUUUCGGUGUGUCAGAAGCUUUCUUGGAGUUCGUGCAACCCAAUCAAUCGGCGAUUUCGAAGCCACAAUCCAAUCAAUCAAUCGGCGAAUCAAAACAUCCGAUUGAGUUUUCAACCAAGGUUUUCGGAUUCUCUCAGACUCGUCCUGAAAUUCGAACUAUUUGCUUUGAUAAGCGCAGAGAGAGGGCUUUCUUUAAUUUCACCGAGAUCUGUGAAAUUGGAUUCUGAUUGCGGCGGUUGGCGGAGGAGGAUUGGGUCGGCGGCGGACGGAUGGUGGAGGAACCUAAUUUAAUUCCGAGCAUCGCAUCUGUUCGACAUCGGUUUCUGAAGGAUUGGAAUCGAAAGAGCUGAGAUUGGUGCUGUGGUUGGCGGCGGCGAAGAAGCUUCGGAAAAGCUGUCAAUCUGUCUCUCCAUUUGCGGUGGUUUGAUUGUUCGAUCUCAGUAGAAUAAUCGAAGAAAAAAAAGAGCUUGCACUUUUUGUACUGUUUGAUUUGAUAGUAGUUUUUUCUUGGCCUUGAAUAUAAGGCCGUAUAGUUUUAUCGGCCUUUGAAUAUCGUUCUCUUCAGGGAGAUUGUUGUUCUUGUUUGUGGUGUUAUACAUAUUUCAUAUUUUGGAAGGAAAAGAAAAAAAGAUAUUUACCAUGGCGGUGUAUUAUAAAUUUAAGAGUGCAAAAGAUUAUGAUUCUAUUCCUAUGGACGGCCCGUUCAUCGCAGUUGGUAUUUUGAAAGAAAAAAUAUAUGAAUCCAAGCACUUAGGGCGGGGUACUGAUUACGACCUCGUCGUCACCAAUGCCCAGACCAAUGAAGAGUAUCUUGAUGAAGCGAUGUUGAUUCCAAAAAAUACGUCAGUUUUAAUUCGCCGUGUACCUGGAAGGCCUCCAAUGCCUAUUGUUACUGAUUCAGAGCGAAAGGUGGAAGAUAAGGUGGACACUGAACCAGAAAGGACUAGCUUUCCGGCGGCUGAAUCAUCUGCCACGAAAUAUCCUGGUGAUCCAGAUUGGGAUGAUUAUGGGGAUGAUUUGUAUGAAAUUCCUGAAGUGAUGACAGUGCAGACAAGUUAUCAGGCUAUGGAUGCGCAGCCAACUGAUAAAGCUGAUGAAGAUAGCAAGAUUAAGGCUUUAAUCGACACUCCAGCCUUGGAAUGGCAACACCAAGGUCCUGAUGGCUUUGGUCCUGGUAGAGGUUUUGGCAGGGGUGGAAGAAUGAUGAAUGGACGUGGUAUUGGUCGAGGAGUAGGGGGCUUCGAGAGGAAAACACCUCCACAGGGCUAUAUUUGUCACAGGUGUAAGGUGCCUGGGCAUUAUAUUCAGCACUGCCCUACGAAUGGUGAUCCAAAUUUUGACAUAAAAAGAGUGAAGCCACCCACUGGAAUUCCUAAGUCCAUGCUGAUGGCAAACCCGGAUGGCUCAUAUAAGUUGCCAAGUGGUGAUAAAGCUGUAUUGAGGCCGAAUGAGGCUGCUUUUGAGAAAGAGAUUGAAGGUUUACCAUCUACGCGUUCUGUUGGUGAUCUACCGCCCGAGCUACACUGCCCGUUGUGCAAAGAAGUGAUGAAAGAUGCUGUGCUAACGAGCAAGUGUUGCUUUAAUAGCUUUUGUGAUAAGUGUAUCAGGAACUACAUUAUGUCCAAGUCAGUGUGUGUCUGUGGGGCUACAAAUACACUGGCAGAUGAUCUACUGCCAAAUAAGACACUGAGGGAUACAAUCAAUCGCAUCUUGGAGUCUGGUGGUAACAGUAGUGCUGACAAUGCUGGGAGUACUUUCCAAGUUCAAGAUAUGGAGUCUGCUCGCUGUCCACAACCCAAGAUUCCUUCCCCUACAGUAUCUGCUGCAUCAAAAGGAGAUGAAAAGCAGUUACCUCAGAAUGAAGAACCUCCAAAGUUUCCUGAAUCUGAAAAUGACGUAAAGCCUGUUCUUCCCCAGCAGCAGAUUUUAGAGAGAGUGAGAACUACAAAAGUAGCUGAUGCAUCUGAAGCCACGCGUGAGUCAAUGAGUGUGAAGGAACCAGCGUCACAAGGUAGUGUUCCACUGGUUGAGGAGGAAGUGCAGCAAAGGAUGGCUUCUGGGGAGGCAGGAAAGAAAAGGAAAAAGAAGAAAAUUCGUGUGCCUGUGAAUGACAUGCAAUGGAGAAACCCUCAAGAUCUUGCAGCCGAAAACUAUAUGAUGCCUAUGGGCCCCGCUGCUUAUAAUCCAUACUGGAAUGGCAUGCAACCUGGCAUGGGCAUGGAAGGAUAUAUGACACCAUAUGGUGGUCCGAUGCCGUAUAUGGGUUAUGGUCCCAUUGACAUGCCAUUUGGGGGUCUUGGUCCACAGGACCCAUUUGGUGCUCAAGGUUAUAUGAUGCCCAUGGUUCCGCCUCAGAGGGAUCUUGCGGACUUUGGUAUGGGCAUGAAUGGCAUGAAUGGGAUGAAUGGGAUGAAUGGACCCCCCAUCAUGAGCAAAGAAGAAUUUGAGGCUCGGAAAGCUGAUUUGAGAAGGAAGCGUGAAAAUGAAAGACAGGGUCAAAGCCGGGAGUUCUCCAAAGACAGGGAAUACAGAAGGGAAGUUAGCAGCGGUGGCGAUGGUCCUCCAAUGAAAUCCAAAUCUAAGUCAAUGGCCCGAUCACCAAGCCCAGACUAUCCUAAUCAGCACCGCCGUCACCGACACGAGAGGCAAUCUCCAGAACGCAGGCCCUCACGUGACCCACGUGACCUGGAGCCACAGCCGCCUCCACGUCCUCCAAAGAGAAAAUCCGAGCAGCACCACCACGACAGGGAACGCGAGCGGGACCGAGAUCGAGAACGCGAGAGGGAGCACGACCAUGAGGAGGAUCAUCCCCGCCAGAAACGACACCGUUCUGAGUCGUCCGCGGCCAAACCUUCUGCCCAAACGACAGCAUCGGCGAAACCUGCCUCCUCUGCAGCAUCAGCUGCUGCGGCAGAAGCGGCGGCCGCGGCGGAGCGGAAGCACAAGGCAAGCGUGUUCUCUCGCAUAAGUUUUCCCGAGGGAGAAGUGAGCAAGAAGCGGAAGGCCUCUUCAUCCUCCACUGCUUCUCCGGCGGCGGAGGAUACCAAACCGUCGGCGCAUCACCAUCACAAGGAGUCGUCGUCGUCCUUGGCGAAUGGGUUCUACGACGAGUACAAGUCGUCGUCGACGGCCAAGGCUGCGAGCAGCGGAACUGGAAGCAGAAAGACUAUGAUCAGUGCUGCUUCCAUGGAGUACGAGUCGAGCGAUGACGAUCGGCACUUCAAGAGGAAGCCGUCGAGGUACGAGGCUUCGCCGCCGCAGGCCGCCGAGCAGGAAGAGCCCUCCAGGCGCUCGAGAGGAGGCAGGGAUCGGGAUCGCAGGCAGAGAUAGUGUUUUGGGUAACGCCGAAGUUGGCUUUCUCCGAGAACGACCUCGUUCGGCCCCACUCACUUAACGUAUUGGUGUUGGGCCCUUUGAGGCGCUGGGUGUUGUACUGUAUUUGUAAAGAAGCCCAAUCGGGAGUUGUUUCGGGGGCCGAAUGUAUGUUUUCGUGUUUUUUGUUGAUGCUUGAUAUUUCGUAUCCGAUGUUUUUUGCGUAUCUUAAAAACCCAAAAAUUACAAAUAUAAAUAAAAUUACUCAGUCUUGAAGUUC